CCUUUCGAAUUUAUCCUGAAACCUCUGCCCAUCGCUGCGGGGAGCUUAAUGCUGGUCGAUCUUAUGAGGAAGAUUCGCGCCGGUCGUCGACGCGAGAAGAAGGAGGAAAGCCGCCGAGUCCCGGGUCGGCGUCGCAAACGUCAAACCGUCGCCCGUUGGAUCAGUGAGCGUUGCGACGUCCGCGGCGCAGGUUGCACCGUCUCCUCUUCUUGCGGUCAACCCGAUAGUACGUAUCGAUGCGGGACACGUUGACGUGAUACCGCGUGUUCGAUGCGCGAACCAGUCGGUCUUUUUCCGUCUCCCUCUUCGUCUACCUGUCUGUGGGAUACCCGCAGACUUUGCGCGUCUUCGGACGACUAUUAUGGGGUAUUUGAGCGGCGGCUAAAUGGGGGCCGAUGGACAUUUUCGCGUGACCUUGUCCCUGAGGAGGGAACCGGGCGCCGGUCCGGUCUACUGUAAGAUGGAAACAUCCGCCAGAUUCCGGCAACUAAAGACGGUGAAGCUGAGCUGCGAUACGACCUACCGGCUCGACAUCAGCUUCAAACCGCCGCAACUGCUGCAAUCCCUGAGUAUUGGUGGAAAACCGGUGGAGGCGAUCGAACGCGCGAGAGAUAGCACAGCGUGCGCUUACAGCGCUUAUCACAGCACCAAGGAUAUCACGGCGAGUGCACGCGGCCACCGGGAGGAUCUGCCGAUCGCUAUGCGAGUCCUCGGCUCCGGCUACCUGACCACGUGUCUGCAGAUCAAGUACUACCGGCUGGAGGAUCAAAGUCACUGCGAAUGGGGUGCCAGAUUACACUGCAUCGAGCUCGAUUGCUCCAGCGUCGAAGGACGUCUCGUCACGGUCGACCGGGAGACCUACAGAAAGCUCGGCAUAGAAUCUUAACGAACGAAUGACGUCGUCGUCAUCCUUAUUACAUUUGUUUAUACGGGCGAUAAGAGCAAACCCGACGCCGCGCCGCAAUCGAUGCUUCGCACUCGAUCCACUGAAUAAUAUUUUACGCCUGUCCUCCGAGGAUAUUCUGAGGAUUCGAAAUGAAAAUAAAGAUAGAUAAAAUCGAUAGUACCCGAGGUUAGCGAGAAUCUAAUAUAGUAUUUUCCAUCUGUGUAAGUUUUGAUAAACUGUUAUAAUUCUCUGUUAAUCUCGUAAUAGGAAAAAAGACGCUUACAAAUUUUUACCUAGGAUUCUAAUACGUCAAACGUAGCCCUUUUGGGAUGGACGAAGUCUAUUAAUGAAGCUAAUAGAUUAUACGGAAUAAACUUCGUUGAAAUAAUGUAUUUUUAAUUCAGUAGAAUAUAGAUCGCGUGGAAAUUUCGCGGAAAUGUUAUCAUGAUCGACGGAUAAUUGAGAUUGAUCGUUGCCAGUUGGCAAACAACAUUGUAUCACUAAUGAUGUAGAUUAAGUUAUUCAAAGAAUCUAAACUAAUUUUGCGCGCUGCGCUCUUUUCUUCUAAGAUAUAUGAUAUAUAUUACUAAAUUUGUUUGCGCAUUAAUUUCGUUACAAUCAGUCCGUGGUAUAUAACAACAUUAAUUUUAUGAUGAUAUCGAAUAAAUCAUUAAAUAUUUAACAUAAUGUCGGAAGAAAUAAUUAAUCGCGUAAUUACGCAAUUGUGCGUUUUUGAUCGAUACUUUAAGCUCUUUAGCGAGACAGCACCGUUGCAGAAGUUAAUAAAAAACUAAUGCAAACGCAUCGAUAACUUGAAUACUUAAAUAUAUCGGGUAUAUAUACAUACAUACUAUGUAUCGAACGCGCGUCAUUGAUUGCUGAUUAAUAUUUAAUUGAAUCAAUCGCGAGGCAAUAAUACGUCGCGAUAUGUACAGAGAAGAACAAUAUGUUUUAAUCGAAAGAAAAAAUUAGCGGCGCGGUGUCAGCUUUUAUAACUUGGCAACAAAAUACAUUUUUGCAUGCAUCGUUAAUGCUAUACGUUCGCUUGAGUGUUACUUUUCUCAUCUACAAUUUAAUUUCCGCCUCUUUCAUAUUCUGGCACUUUACAGAAAAUUGAGAAUUUUUAUGCCGAGAAAUCUGUCUCUUUAAUCCGAAAUUCGAUGGAUUUAAAACACGCGGUAAAUGUAGGACUCUUUAUGAAUUAAUUAUAGACGCACCACAAUACUCGAAAACUUUUGGCAAUCAGCAACGUGACCAAUUAACGUCUCUACGCUUAUUGUAAUAUUGUGCAGAUUAUUUAUAUCUCUCUUUCACUAUUCGUUCAGUGGAUUUUAUUGAAAUUAUUGUUGUAUAAAUCUACGUACUGUAUUUACACGCAGUAUAAUGUAUAUAUAUACAACUAAUGAUAAACGUACGAUACCUGUACUUUCUAACUUUGAUUGAAAUAAAUUAUAUAAAGAAAUACAAA